AGUUGUUUGUUUUUAAAGAAAAAAAAAACCACCCCACCACCCCACAGCUGCAUGCAGUGGUUGCUGGCGGCAGAAAGACGCUUGUGUGUGAUUCCCAUCCAGGAACUGGGAAAGCGAGCAAAUCAGUGUCACUCCUGCAACACAACACAAUUCAUACGACUGCUUCCUUUACCGCAUCCCUGUUGUCCUUUACGGACUACAAUAAAGGAACUGACUUGGUCAAGUCAGGGUUCCACUUAAAGCAUGGCACGGUUAGCUCUCAGCUGCCAGCCGGUCUCCAGCUAAGCAGUGAGCCCCAGCAAGCGAGGGGAGAAAAUGCACUGCAAGCCAAGUACAAUACGCGCUGGAAGGAAGAGGGACCAGAGCUUACCAUUGCAGCAAGGAUCCGUCCCAGUAUUGGAGAUGCAUUCUUCACCUUCCCAGAUCCAGACUAACACGGCUACCCCUCUGAUACUUGACUCCGUUCAUAUGUGGGCUUGUCAGCCAUUCCUGGCCGUGUCUGAGUAUUACGUGCCGGUGCAGAGAAGUACACAGCUGAGCAGAGCAAUGGUUACACAGCAGCACUGCCCGAGUUCCCCAAGCACAGGGCUUGGCGUUUUGAAUGUCAUACAUCAUUCACAACUGGCAGCAAGAAUUCCUCCCGGACAUGGCUCUCAUUUCCCUGCAACACUGAUCUUCCUUUUGCUGGCCCUGCACACUUGCAGAGAUAUAUGGGAAAUAAGCAAACAUGAUGUAAUGGUUACAGCACAGGACUUUGAGUUACUAGUGAACUUGGGUCACACAGAGAGAGGAGACAAGAGGAUCCAGGAAAAGAUAUUCAUCGGUGACCUUCACUCUCACCUCCACUCUGCUGAACAGAGCAUGGUUUCAACAUGCCAGGAGCAAUUUUUUGUAAUGGAUGAAAGGUGUGAAAUGCAGCCCAGAUAAAGUUGACUCUUCUUCAACUGGGACAAACUGGUGGAGAAGCCGUUAUCCUGAUUAACUGGAUUUUUCCAAUUAAAAGAAGAGGUUUCACAAAUAAAAUCUAAAGAGCCUUCAAAUAAAUACUGCCCUGUACCUAAUGCAAGAUUUAAAACAAUAGUCUCUGCAUUCUGAACAG